AUGGCCCGGCUCAGCCUCGGAGCUUCAGCAAGACCGACAGCCUCCAACAUACCGCGGUUCCUCGUCCCUUCCGUCGCCCAGCAGACACGAUGCGCGAGCAACCAGGGGGGUAACAAGAAGACGGACAAGAAGAAGAAGAAGCUCUCCAAGGACUUCAAGACCUACAACGUCAAGAAUUGCCCACAGUUCUCCCUCUGUGAUGCCAUGCGGUAUGUUUCCUAUAUGCAAGAGAAAACGACUCCAUCCCCAGCUAACCAGGACCUCAGCUACCUACGCGCAUUUGAAGUCGGCCGCCCUCCCCAGUCCAUCAAGUACGAAAUUCACGUCCACCUCAAGACUCCCCGAAACGGCGCCGUCGUCAAGAACCGCAUCCGUCUGCCCAACCCCGUCAAGUCCGACAUCCGUGUCGGCGUAAUCUGCCCCGAAGGAAGCCCUAUUGCGCAGCAGGCCCUGCAAGCCGGCGCCGUCGUCGCGGGCCAGGAGUCCGUCUUCGAGGCCAUCAAGAACGACAAUAUCAUCUUCAACCGGCUCAUCUGCCACACCGACAGCGAGGCAGCCUUGAACAAGGCCGCUCUGGGCCGCAUUCUCGGUCCCAAGGGUCUCAUGCCCAACCGUCGCAUGAAGACCAUUACCGACAACAUUGCCAGCUCUAUCCGUGAGACAAUGGGCGCCGACAACUACCGCGAGCGUACGGGUGUCAUUCGCAUGGCUAUCGGACAGCUCGGCUUCACGCCCAAGAUGUUGUCUGCCAACAUCAAGGCGUUUGUGGGUAGCAUCAAGUCUGAUCUUGCGGAGCUCGAGACGCACAAGGAGGUUCACGAGGUUGUGCUGAGCUCCUCGCAGGCCCCGGGCUUCAGCUUGAACGGCAACUUUGACUCUACAGAUGAGCAAGUUGUGCCGGCUCACCUGUCCAAUGUCAUGUAA